UUAGGAAUUUCUGAUUCAUUUAAAGGAUUUCUGAUUCAUCAAACCCUGAAAAUGAAAGCAAAUUCAACAGGACAAAAGAAAACCAUGGAAUUUUUAAGUCAAGUAUGUGUCUUCUUCUUCUUUUUUGGAGUCAAAGUAUAUUGUCAACAUGAAACCUAUCAGUGGGAAGAAGACUAUGAUCAAGAGUCAGAUUAUACCUAUCAACCAGAAUUCCAAUUUCAUCAAAAUGUAGAAUAUGGAAAUCCUUUUCAUCAGCAUACUUUAGGAUGUGCUAGAGAAUGUUUUUGUCCACCUAAUUUUCCAUCAUCAAUGUACUGUGAUAACCGCAAACUCAAGACUAUCCCAAAUAUUCCAAUGCACAUUCAGCAACUCUAUCUUCAGUUCAAUGAAAUAGAAGCUGUGACUGAAAAUUCAUUCAUUAAUGCAACUCAUCUUAAAGAAAUUAAUCUCAGCCACAACAAACUUAAAUCUCAGAAGAUUGAUUAUGGUGUACUUGCCAAGUUUUCAAGUCUACUACAACUUCACCUAGAUCAUAACAAUUUAGAAGAAUUUCCAUUUCCUCUUCCUAAAUCUUUAGAAAGACUACUUCUUGGCUAUAAUGAGAUCUCUAGAGUACAGAAAAAUGCCAUGGAUGGAUUAGUAAACUUGACCAUGCUUGAUCUUUGUUAUAAUCAUCUUCAUGACUCUAUGUUCAAAGAAAAAAUCCUUUCCAAAAUAGAAAAACUAAUGCAACUAAACCUAUGUAGUAACAGAUUACAUUCAAUGCCUCCUGAUCUACCUUCUUCACUUAUGUAUCUGUCUUUAGAAAAUAACUCCAUUUCUUCUAUACCAGAAAAUUACUUCAAGAAACUUCCAGAACUUCAUGCUCUACGAAUGUCACAUAAUGAACUACAGGACAUUCCAUAUAAUAUAUUUAAUCUUUCCAACCUUAGAGAGCUCAAUGUUGGACAUAACAAAUUGAAGCAAGCAUUCUAUAUUCCAAGAAAUCUGGAACACUUAUAUAUAGAAAAUAAUGAAAUUGAAAGUAUUAAUGCUACCAUGAUAUGUCCAUCUAUUGAACCACUACAUUACCACCAUUUAACAUACAUUCGUUUGGACCAAAAUAAGCUAAAGGAACCAAUAAGCUCAUACAUUUUCUUUUGUUUCCCUCAUAUCCAUAGUAUUUACUAUGGUGAACAAAGAAGUACUAAUGGCCAAACAAUACAACUGAAGACCCAAGUUUUCCAAAGACAUCAAGAUGACGACAAUGAUGAUCACGAUGAUCACCAUAAUGCUUAUGAAGAUGGAGAACAAGAAGGAACAGAAGAAAAUUUUGACCCUCAUUACUAUGAAAUUCAAGAAUGGCAGGAAAUUAUAUAGGUAUAUAUUGAUGUCUUUACAAAGCAUUACUUAAUGUAAAUGUUA